CCCCCUUCCACCGCACCGAGGCGGGAGAGCGGACCACGAUGCCUGGCCGGCGGGUGCUGCCCGCCCGCUCGCAUGGAGACAGCCGCCCGUAGCGGGGCUGCCGCGCUGCACCGCGGGGAUAAUAAAGUUUUGAAUGGUGCCUCGCCAAGAAGUGUGAUGAGAAAUGGCUUUAGGAAACAAUACCCAGAGAAGCUAUUCCAUCAUCCCCUGCUUCAUCUUUGUUGAGCUUGUCAUCAUGGCUGGAACUGUUCUGCUCGCCUACUACUUUGAGUGCACCGAUACUUUUCAGGUGCAUACUCAAGGUUUCUUCUGUCAGGAUGGCAAUUUGAUGAAACCAUACCCUGGGACAGAGGAUGAGAGCUUCAUUUCACCUCUUGUGCUCUACUGUGUGCUGGCUUCAACUCCAACAGCUAUUAUUUUUAUUGGUGAGAUAUCCAUGUAUUUCAUAAAGUCAACCCGAGAAACCCUUAUUAUCCAAGAGAAAACUAUUUUGACUGGGGAGUGCUGUUAUCUGAACCCACUGCUUCGAAGAAUAAUACGUUUUAUAGGAGUGUUUGCAUUUGGACUUUUUGCCACUGACAUAUUUGUAAAUGCUGGUCAGGUUGUGACUGGGAACUUGGCUCCCUACUUCCUGACUGUAUGUAAACCCAACUACACUGGAAAUGACUGUCGAGCCCAUCAUGAGUUCAUAAACAAUGGCAACAUCUGCACUGGGGAUGUCAGGGUGAUUGAAAAGGCAAGGAGAUCAUUUCCAUCCAAACAGGCUGCUUUGAGCAUCUACUCAGCUUUAUAUGCCACGAUGUACAUCACGAGCACAAUUAAGACAAAGAGUAGCAGGCUAGCCAAACCUGUGCUGUGUCUGGGUACCCUCUGUGCUGCGUUCCUCACUGGGCUAAAUCGAGUUUCUGAGUAUCGAAAUCACUGUUCGGAUGUGAUCGCAGGCUUCAUCUUGGGGAGUGCUGUAGCUUUGUUUCUGGGGAUAUGUGUUGUCCAUAACUUUAAAGGCACUCAUGGAGCCCCUUCUAAACCGAAGCCCGACGACCCACGAGGAAUGCCGCUAAUGGCCUUUCCAAGAGUGGAAAGUCCUCUGGAGACAUUGAGUGCACAGAAUCACUCUGCCUCUAUGACUGAAGUAACCUGAGAUGGAAGACUUGGCAACUGAAGCUAUUUUUUAUUACCCCCUCAGUACAGUACUCCAAGACACAGUUACUAACUGUCUAACUGCGAUGACCAGUAUUAUGUUAUGUCUAGUUAGAGGCUAAUGUUUUGUACUUUUUUUGUAUGAAGAAGUGAUGUAGCUUGCCCUGAUUUUUUGUCAGCUUUAAUAUUAUUAUGCCAGAAUUUAAAAGGAAAA